AUGGUCUCCUCCAUCCUCACAGCCCUCGCCUUGGCCGUAGCCACCCUCACCUCUGCCGCCCCAACAACCCACUCCGAGCCCUUCACCUUCGCCAAAUGGAUCGACGGCAUCAUCGCCAACCCAGACGGCGACAACCUCUCCCCGGAGCAAGCCGUCGACGACGGUGCAUCGCUGCAGAAGCGGUGGUCCUGUAACACGAUUCCCAACACAGAGGCAUGGGUACCCGACGCCGUCUCCUGCAUCGACGACCUCGCGCGCAAGGGCUCCCAGGCCUGCGUCGCCGACUCCGUGAGCAGGAUGUGCCGCAUCGGCAACGCGCAGAUCACCGGCGUCAGCAACGGCCAGAGGGCCUCCUCGACUUGCAACGACGUCGCGCGUGGCGCCGGGGUUAUCAUGGACCACUGCACACGCGCCGACAACUACGUCCAGGGCUCCGAGUGGGCUUACGGGAGUGACGUCUUGCUCGUUCACAUCCGCUGGCCCGACUCGGAGGCUCCCGCUCGUUAG